AUGUUCAUGGGCUACGAAGAAGCGUCAAAAGCUAAUCGAAUGUACGACAUUGAGGCGGACCAAGUGGUGAUCAGUCGUGACAUCACCUUCGACGAAUCGACUUUUGACUUUUCGAUGGACCGACCAAGUGACGAUGAUGAAGAUGCGGAGUUGGACCUCGACCUCCUGGCGAUCAACGAGGACGACGUGCGUCAACCCGUCUACAAGCAGACUGGCAAGCGCAAGAGUGAAGCAAGACCCGGCAUGUCACGUUCAGCUCGCCCUCGAACUGGGUUGGAACAAGCAAGUGCGCCGGCACACGUCUCCAACCGUCACCAGAAACGACGAUCAAGUGCUCCAGAAACGAUGUCUGAUGACGAAGAAGAGGCAAGCGUCUACGAUCAAGAUGACGACUUGACGCCUCCAACAUUUUGGCGUGCAAGUGCAAACGCAGUGGAAGCAACGGACCUAGCAGAACCUGUGACUUUUCAAGACGCGAUCAAUGGUCCUGAUCAAGCUCACUGGCGAAAUGCUGUGAAUGCGGAACUCAAGUCGAUGCACCUUCGUGGAGUUUUCCGUGCGGCAAAACUGCCAAGAGGUCAAGGCGCGAUCGGCACCAAGUGGGUGUUCAAGAUCAAGCGCAAAGCGGAUGGAUCGGUCGAGAAAUACAAGGCGCGUCUCGUUGCCAAUGGCUUCAAGCAGAAGUACGGCAUCGACUACACAGAGACGUUCUCGCCCGUGGUCAAGUACGUGACACUGCGUAUGGUGAUCGCGAUCACCAAGUAUUUCGACUGGCUACUGGACCAACUCGAUGUGGUGACAGCCUUUCUCUACGGAGUGAUGAAGGAGAAGAUGUACUGCGUGAUAUCAGAAGGCGUCGAGAUGGAUGGCGAAUUCGACUGUCUCGAGUUAGUGAAGGCGAUCUACGGUCUCAAGCAAGCUUCACGUGUGUGGAACGAUACUUUCUACGAGUUCGUAUGCUAUAUUGGUUUCAAAGUGUCGGCGUUCGACCCAUGUCUCUACAUCAAGGUUGUCGACGGUCAUUGUGUGCUCGUGCUGGUCUACGUGGAUGACGUGUUGGUCACCGGCAGCUCGCUCGAGUUGAUUGCGCAGACGAAGGCCGACCUCAAGACGCGUUUCGAGAUGACCGACAGUGGCAAGUGUACUUUUGUACUGGGCAUCGAACUGGUGGACGAAUCGGAUGGCAGCGUGAAGAUGUGCCAGCGACGGUAUGUCAACGACAUCCUCAAGCGCUUCGGCAUGGAUGAGUGCAAGGCCACAGCAACUUUGAUGCACUUGACGACUGCGACGCGCCCGGACAUUGCGUAUGCUGUGGGGUACGUCUCGCGCUUCAUGGAGAAUCCGCAGCAAGAACAUUGGACGGCGGUGAAGCGCAUCUUUCGUUACUUGCAAGGGACCAAGUCGCACGGACUCCGCUUCCAGCCAAGCGACAAGAUCGACUUUCGUGGCUACUCGGACGCGGACUGGGCCGGCAACCACGCUGAUCGCAAGUCGACUUCGGGUUACACUUUCAUGCUGAUGGGUGCUCCUGUGAGUUGGGGAAGCAAGAAGCAGUCAAGUGUGUCGCUGUCGACGAGUGAAGCGGAAUACAUCGCACUGAGUCUGGCCAUCCAGGAAGGCAAGUGGGUGCAUCGCCUGCUAUGCGAGAUUUUGGCGGCCGCAAACGAACCAGGACCGGACCUUGUCAUCCGUGAAGACAACCAGUCGUGCAUCAAGAUGACGAAGAAUCCGGUGAAUCAUGGCCGCGCCAAGCACAUCGACAUCAAGUACCAUCACAUCCGUGAUGAGGUCAAGCGCGGUGAAGUGCAGCUCGAGUAUUGCGAGACUUCCGUGAUGAUGGCGGACAUCAUGACCAAGGGACUUUCGGGACCUCGCCACAAGGACUUGACGACGGCUCUCGGCAUUCGUGCGAGUCCGGAUUGA